AUGUCCCCCACCUACAAACACCACAUCGCCCUCCUCGGCGGCGGCACAAUCGGCCUCUCAAUGACAGCCCUACACCUCCGCCACCCCGACACCCGCGUAACAAUCUACGACCCACGCCCCGACUUCGAAGACCAAGUCCACAGCAUCCUCCCGGCCUUCCUCGAUGCCCCCAGCGCAAACACAAGCACAUCCGAAAAACAAGCCAUUCUCACAACCCUGCUCUCCACAGCCCGCCUCACCAUCGCCAAAACCCUCCAAGAAGCCGUCCAAAACGCAACCAUCAUCCAAGAACAAUCGCCCGAGCAAACAGCCUCCAAACAGGCCCUCUGGCAAGAAGUAACCAAGUACACGGACGCAGACGCACACCUGUGGAGCAGUUCGUCGGGCAUCGCGGCCUCGGUCCAGGGCGCGCUGUGUGGGCCUGCCGUUGUGGAGCGCUUACUCGUUGCGCACCCGUUCAACCCGCCGCAUGUGAUGCCGCUUGUGGAGAUUGUGCCGGGGCCCGCGACUAAAGCUGAACGGGUGGAGUUUGUGCAGGGGUAUUUUGAUGGCGUGCCCGGGCCGACGGUGUUGGGGUCUGGUUUGAAUAUGAACCAGGCCCAGGCCCAGGCCCAGGCCCAACAGCAGCAGUCGUACUACAGGCCUAUUGUUCUGCACAAAGAGGUUCCCGGGUUUGUGGGGAAUAGGCUUGCGUUUGCGUUGUUGCGGGAGGCGUGUUAUCUUGUUGGGGAGGGGGUUGUGUCGGUGCGGGAUCUAGAUGCGCUUGUUAAGGCUAGUUUGGGGCCUAGGUGGGCGGGGAGUGGGGUUUUUGAGAGCUAUCAUGCUGGGGGUGGGGAGGGUGGGAUUGGGGCUUUUUUGCAGAAAUUGGCGCCGACUAUGAAGGAUGUUUGGGGAAGGUUGGGGCAGGUUGAUAUUUUGGUGGAUGGGGAGCGGAGUGAUGCUGAUGAUGAGGGUGCGGAAGCGUGGAGGAAGGUUGUUGUGAGACAGGCCGAGGAGGCGUAUGGGCCUUCUACGACGGCGGAGGAUCGUCAAAAGAAGGAAACUAUGCUGAAGGGGGUUGUUGAGAUGCAGAAUAGACUUUCUUGA